CUCAAUCUUUUAUAUUCCCCACGAGUGCUUUGUUCAAAAGCCCUAACGCAUACGAUUUAGCCCUAAUAGUUCUCUCUCUUUCGAUCGAGCCCUAGCAUUCGAUAGAUAAAGUCGCUGAUUCUCUCCAGGAAAUCUCUAGCCGAGCGGCUAUGGGUUCGAAGUCGAGGAACGACAAUCCACACUCCGGCGACGGUGCUAGCCCUGGGAAAAUUUUUAUUGGGGGAUUAGCUAAAGACACAACAUAUGCUACGUUUAACAAGCAUUUUGGGAAAUACGGUGAGAUAACUGAUUCAGUGAUAAUGAAAGAUCGGUACACUGGACAGCCCAGGGGUUUUGGAUUUAUUACAUAUGCUGAUCCUUCAGUUGUGGACAAGGUCAUCGAAGACACUCAUAUCAUCAAUGGCAAGCAGGUUGAGAUUAAAAGAACCAUUCCCAAGGGUCAAGGACAGUCAAAGGAUUUCAAGACAAAGAAGAUAUUUGUUGGUGGGAUCCCAUCGUCGGUAACUGAAGAUGAAUUCAGAAAUUUCUUCUCCAAGCAUGGCAAAGUGGUUGAGCACCAGAUCAUACGUGAUCAUGAGACCAACCGUUCUCGUGGCUUUGGGUUUAUAAUUUUUGAGAGCGAAGAAGUUGUAGAUGAUAUAUUAUCCAAUGGAAAUAUGAUUGAUAUGGCGGGUACUCAGGUGGAGAUCAAGAAAGCUGAACCAAAGAAAUCAUCGAACCCAACUCCUUCUUCUGGAUAUGGUAGCAACUCUAGGGCUCGUUCUUUCAAUGAUGGAUAUGGUGGAUUCGGGGGUUCUUAUGGGGGUUUUGAUGGGGGUUUUGGCCCUGGCCCCUAUAGAACUCCUGGAGGUCUUGGUAGUAGGCUUGGUGGCGGUUAUGGGUAUGGUAGCGGUGGUGGCGAAUUUGGCGGGGGCUAUGGAGGUUUUGGAGGCAGUAGCUUAGGAAGUUACCGAGGUGAAUCUUCCCUUGGUUAUUCUGGUCGCUUUGGAGCCUAUGGUAGUGGGUUUGGUGGGGGUUAUGGUGGAAGUGGUUUAGGUGCAUAUGGCAGAGGAGGCGAAGGCUAUGGCAGUUAUGGAAGUUCAGGCUACGGUGGCGGUUAUGAAUCUGCUCCAGGUCCUAGUUAUGGUGGAGCAGGUGGGCUUUAUGGAAGAGGAGGCUAUAGUAGCAAUAGUCGGUAUCAUCCCUAUGCCAGAUAGAAUGGUAGCAGUUUGAUCCAGUUGCUUAGCCUUUGCCAUAGAAGUUUCAUACAGGUUCUCCUAGUAUUGUCACGUGCAACUGGUAGGCACUUUCAAAUACUAGAAGCCUCCUUUUAUAUGCAAGUGAGAGAAGCCAGGGAUCAGAAGAACUACUAUGUUAAGCCUCUUUCUUCUAUUGUGUAUCGUUUAGACAACUUUAUAGAUUGCUUUCAACCUAUGUAGACAAUAGUGUUUGUCUUGAAAUUCCGUACCAUUUUAUGUAGUGUGAUUUAGAUAGCCUCUUAUGGUUUGAUUAGUAUUCCUCUUGAAUUUUGUUGGUGGUUCAUUUAGUUAGCUUCUUAUGUUAUAAUUCUCUUAGAAUGUUUAAUCUAACAACUGGCUUUUUUAUUCUAAGCUUAUUCAGAUAUUAAGUUUAGAUUAACACGAAUACUUACGGUUAGAUAGGAGCCAAGCCAGUUUUACACACAGAUGUGCACAUUUGAGAUUUCAGGAACUAAUAUAGUUUUGGCUCUUGUGGGUUUGGGAUGGAUGUUUAAAGUUGCUAAGAUACCCCUUCAUGAUUAUCAGACGACAGAAAGUAAUCAAGCAGUGAGAAUUAUGUGA